AUGAAACGCAAUUCCAAGUCAAAAUCUGUGGCUACGUAUACCCAGCGACUCUCUCGUAGCCAGAAUAGUACCUGGAAGGAGCCAGCUAUUCGCAGCUCCAAGAUCAUCCAAAUUCCGACUCCCCAGCAGAGCUUUGUCGACGACGACGAUGAUGAUGAUAAUGAUGAUGAUCUUUCCGAUGCUACGGGCGAGUAUAUAAUUGUCGCAAGCCAUGUGGAGUCUUCGCAGAGCGAGUUCAUUGAUGAUGGGUCUGUUGCUGACCAGAUCAUUACUGAAGAGGUAGCUGUUGAGGAUACUACCCCUCAGGAUGGGGCCGACGAACAUGCUUAUAAGUCAGUUGCCACUAGUUAUAGCGGCAAGCUUUUCAAAGACUUUCCAGUUGAGAUUCACCAGCACAUAUCUUGCUACCUUCCAACCGCGCGCGACGUUGCAAGGUACUCCGAAAUUUGUCGCAGUUCAGCAGCUUCCAUCACUGAUACUGUCUGGCGUGAACGAUUCGAGCAAACCUUUGACAGGAUCCCAGGGUCUACUACUCGAGAGGUGGCCAAAAAGUAUCGUUUCAGAUGCUCCGUCUCCGGGCUGUGGACCUGCUUCGACCUAGGGAGGUACGGAGCUACUAUUACCAAUGAGAUCCGUGGGAUCCAACAAAAGAACCAGAAUGACUGCCUGGAGAUGCUGAGAACCCUGAUUAUCGAGUCCGAUGCCCGAAAGGUCCGUGACAGCAACGGGAAUGUGAUAGUUGAUGGUCUGAACCUACGCUUCAUCCGUAGCAUGAUUACGAAUAAGGGCGAUGGUAAGUUCGUCGAUAUUAUCGAUUCGGUUUUGAAUACCGAAGGUGCUCUAAAUUGCAAGUCGGGUGCUAGCAAGGUGAUCACAGCCAAUAAGCCGGGCAGCUUGGUCUAUGUUAUCCAGUUGGCCCUCACACCGAUAUCCCUCCACCCGGGCUAUUGCAACAAUAGGGUUACCCAUUUUGAUGUCUCACAGAUGCACGCAUAUUCAACCGCAAAGGCGCAACCCAUCUUUGUCGGCAAGGUCUUGCAGGAUAUAAAUGUUCGCUGGCUGUUGCACACAAUUAAUUUCUUCAAAUUCCACUUCAAGUCGAGUCGCGGCGAGGGCAUCAUUGCGAAUGAUUACGCCUUGUUGGAACCAGAUCAGUAUGUGCAACCGUGGGUUGGUUUGAUUGAGGCUGGUACUCAGCCACUGGGCCGAUUUUGGAAGGGUGCUCACACCUUUAUGGACAACCGAGAUGUGUGGGCUCUGAGGACGGAUAAGAAUGCGCCCAGCCACAUUUACUCCGAUUCGGUGGACCCUGGUGAAAACUUUCCGGAGCUUGAGAUUCAUUUCGACGAGUCCAAAUUCCCCUCUAGUUGCUGGCCGGUAAUGUGGGAACGUAUGCUCCGCAGCAACCCAUUUGUCGAUACCAAUGCUCCGGUCAAUCCAUCAAGCCGCCGCUCUCCCCGCAAGACUAAAUCUGCGAAGCUACCCCCAAUUCUCACCUUCUACGGCCAGGUCAGCGGUUCCAAACCCGCGCAUUUCUACGGCCGCUUGCACGCUCUCCCUCAACAGCAAGGCCUCCACGGCUUCCAGCGUAUGGUCCUCAUGAAGUUCUAUACCGACUCCAACGGCGAUUACAAUCCGGAGCAACUCUUCUGCUACGAAGGGUGUGUUCUGCCUGGUGGUAAGAUCAUUGUCGGCAGAUGGUGGGAUGCAUUUGCUGACCCGAGGGAUGACUCCACGGCAUCAGGUCCCUUCAUUUGGUGGAACAUCGAGCGCAACGCUGCUGGUAUUACUGCUGACAUGGUUGUUGACAGCAAUGCAACGGCCCCCGGGGACAACACCAUUGCCUUCUUCGACGAAGUCCCAAAAUGA